GAUGUCCACCAGAUGGCAAUUUGGCUCUUAUCGCGCAUGCGCGCUGUGGUUGAGACGGUAACAUGGCUGCCUUGCGGAGAUGGUGCUCUACUGCAGUUGCUGCCACAAGCAAGGGUACAAGAUGGGAGAGACUGCGAAACAGUCGUGCAGGUGUGUGGUGCCAAAGCCUUCUGAGUGACUAUAAGGAAGCGUGCCGUGAAAUAUUUGUUGGAGCGUAUGAACGGCCUUUCAAAGCCAGCUUUUAUGUGGCCUUGCUUGGAGGUACGUACACCUGUUACUACACCAAUCCAGACAGCACGUCUUUCGAGUCCAGAAUACUAGAGACCUCCAACCAGCUUGCCCUCCUCUCUCCGUGGAUCCGUAGCGGCACGUCGGACGGGCAUGUUCAGAACUUGGCCAAGCUGCGCAACGAGGGCCGUUUGCGAUACUUCAGCCUGGGCAUCUUCUCACUGUCCUACGUGGCAGACUACGACCCUGAGUCCAGCCUCUAUGAGGCACGAUGCUCUGCGCUUUCUGUGCCCUGGUCACAGUUGCGUGAACGUGUGCUGGAUGUAGGUUUCGCAGGGCGCUGGUGGUUGUUGGAAAAUAAAAUGGAGAACUAUGAUAUAAAUGAGGAGGAGUUCAAGCAUCUGUCGCCUGCCCUGCUGACCACAGCACCCCCUACAGCACAGGAGACAGAGAGAAAUGAGAGACUGCACCAGGAGUCCUGGAAGGCUCUGUUGAUGGAGGGAGAAGAAGAGAUGGACAGUAUGAAGAUAAGUGAGGAGGUAACAGGGGAAGGAAACAAGAACAGUUCAAAACCGGACAUUUAAUGUGUUUUAUGUGUUGUGAUGAAGAACAAUUUCUGAUUUAGACCCAUCAACAUGUCAUCAGUGAAUUUGUGUGUCAGCCUUGAAGGAUAUUCCUGAACUCUAUUUAUUGUGAUUCUGGAGCAAAAUGUAAAGCUGCCUAUCACAUGUUACUGUCUGAGAAAAUGAAAAUCAUUGACACCUUG